AUGUCGAGCCAAGUUAGUGAUGAAAAUAAUGAUAGUUACAAUGAUUUAUUUAAUUCACUUAUGCCAAUUGGUAGUCGUCUUGAUUCCGGUUAUUUAACAUUUUCAUCACCAUGUACAACCUCGCCAUCUCGUUUAUCACCAUCGAGUGUUAUACUUAAUCAACUUGAUUCUCCUGUAUCCGAACAUGAUAUUCAAUCUCCAAUAAAUGCUGCUAAACAAAAAUUUGUUUCAUCAAUUGAUUAUGAACAUUAUCGAACAUCAAGAAAACAUUUCGAUAUAUUAACACAAAUCCAUCAUCGUAAUGCCUAUCAUCUUAUUGAUGAAAUUUUACGAAAUUUAUCAAAUAAUGAUUUAUAUCAUUGUUCAUAUGUAUGUCGAAAAUGGCAUUUAAUAUUAAAGGAUCAUUCAAAACGUAAACAAACAAAGAAUGUUAAACGAAAUUUAUUUAAUAGUCAUAAUAAAACACCAAUGAGAAAAACAAAAUUAACGAGUACACCAAUGCAAACAAUAACGAAUUUACUUGAUACAAAAACAAUUAUACCUUUAAUUAUUGAAACAACAAUGGAUGAAAAUAUUCUUCCAUCAACACCAUCUCAACAUCAGAUAUUUACAUCAUCACCAGAAAAUAAUAAUGUUCAUCUUACAGCAAGUACAAUGACAUUUCGUUAUGGUUAUUUAAAAUAUUUACAUGGACCUACCGUACCAAAACGUUGUCCACUAUGUGCUUAUGUUUCAAUUGUUGAUGUCAAUGAUCAACAUGGCGUUUGUACAAAUCCAUUAUGUCGAAAUAAUUUUUGUCAAUGUUGUUCUGGUCCGUAUCAUCCAUCAAGUCCAUGUAAAGCAACAACAGGUCCAAUAAAAUCUCCAUGGCGUCAACGACCCGCUGUUUCUCCUAUAUUUUCUCAUAAAACACGAGGUAAUUUACGACGAUUACUCAUGUAA